AGAUUGUGCAAGGUCCAAAGAUCCUGGAUUCUGUACUGCUGAGUUAUCACAUUUGGGUGUACAGCCAUGCUUUGCACUUCAAUUUUUGUUCGUUUCAAUUGUUAGGAAACAAGUUGUGAGGAAGUUUUCCCUUAUCCAGAGAUUUCUAAUGAAGAAUUGGAAGAAAUCAACCAGUUUGUAGGACCAGUAGAAAAGUUCUUCAAUGAAGAAGUGGACUCUAAGAAAAUUGACCAAGAUGCUAAAAUUCCUCCAGAAACUCUAAAAGGAUUGAAGAGUCUUGGACUCUUUGGUAUGCAGAUUCCAGAGGAAUAUGGUGGACUUGGUCUCUCAAAUACAAUGUAUGCACGUUUAGGAGAAAUAAUUUCUCUAGAUGGGUCUAUUGCAGUUACUUUGGCAGCUCAUCAAGCAAUAGGGCUUAAGGGAAUCUUGAUUGCUGGCACUGAUGAGCAGAAAGAAAAGUAUCUACCCAAAUUAGCAUCUGGGGAGCAUGUUGCAGCUUUUUGCCUUACAGAACCUGGAAGUGGAAGUGAUGCAGCAUCCAUCCAGACCAGAGCUACCAUGAGUGAAGAUGGGAAAAGCUUUUUACUAAAUGGCUCAAAGAUUUGGAUAUCAAAUGGUGGCCUUGCAGACAUUUUCACUGUGUUUGCAAGGACUGAGGUUGUUAAAGAUGGUGUAAAAACAGACAAAAUUACUGCCUUCAUUGUUGAAAGAGCCUUUGGUGGAGUUACCAGUGGAAAGCCAGAAGAUAAACUGGGCAUUCGAGGAUCUAAUACCUGUGAAGUGCAUUUUGAAAACACAAAAGUGCCUGUAGAGAACGUUAUUGGAGAAGUAGGAGGGGGAUUUAAGGUGGCUAUGAAUAUCUUAAACAGUGGAAGAUUUAGCAUGGGUAGUGCAUCUGCAGGAAUGAUUAAGAAACUGAUAGAAAUGACAGCAGAGUAUGCAUGUACAAGAAAACAGUUCAAUAAGAAACUGAGUGAUUUUGGAUUAAUUCAGGAGAAAUUUGCCCUUAUGGCUCAGAAAGCAUAUGUAAUGGAAAGCAUGGCUUACCUCACGGCAGGAAUGAUGGAUAGGCCAGGCGUGCCUGAUUGUUCAGUGGAGGCAGCUAUGGUUAAGGUAUUUAGUUCUGAAGGCGCUUGGAUUUGUGUAAGUGAAGCUUUACAAAUUCUUGGAGGCCUUGGCUAUAUGAAAGACUACCCCUACGAACGUUAUCUCCGGGACAGCAGAAUCCUUUUGAUUUUUGAGGGAACAAAUGAAAUUCUGCGAAUGUAUAUUGCUUUGACAGGUAUGCAGUAUGCAGGCAAAAUCUUAACUGGAAAAAUUAAGGAAAUGAAGAAGGGAAAUAUCAGCGUUGCAAUGGAGAUAUUUAUGAACAAAUUCCAUGACCGCAUGGGCAGGAAAGUGGAUUUAGGACUGAUUGGUAAAGGUGGAGUGGCACAUCCCAGCCUAGACGAAAGCAGCAAGAAACUUGAAGAAAACGUCUAUUAUUUUGGAACUACAGUGGAAGGCUUGCUAAGGAGGUUUGGCAAAACUAUAGUGGAUGAGCAGCUGGUUCUGAAGAGAGUGGCAGAUGUCUCUAUUAAUUUGUAUGCAAUGACAGCAGCUAUAUCUAGGGCUAGUCGAUCCAUGAGUAUCGGUCUGCGCAACCAUGAUCAUGAAGUGCUGCUUACAAAUAUUUUCUGCACAGAAGCAUAUUUUAAGAAUAAUUAUGCCAUGGCGGAGUUAGAAAAAUAUGCUGCUGAAAACCUGGAUGACAGUAUUAAAAAGGUUGCACAGCAGGUGCUGGAAAAGAGAGCCUAUAUCUGUUCUCAUCCACUUGAUAGGACAUUCUAAUAGCAUUUAAAAGCUAGCCCAUUACCCGACUUGCAGAUUAACUAAUGGGUAAAUGAAUAAAAUUUACUUUUUGUACAAAUAUUUUUCACCAGCUGAAAAUGUAAUUGUAAUCUUGUAAAAUAAAACAAUUUUAUGGGGAGA